UUUCCAGGCUCUCUGAACGCCAUGUCUGAAGCUCCUGCCAGCAAUGGGGUAUUUGUUGUCAUCCCACCCAGCAACGCCAGUGGCCUCCACCCACCUCCAGCCAUUCUGCCCACCUCCAUGUGCCAGCCUCCGGGGAUUGUGCAGUUUGAGGAGCCCCCCCUGGGGACACAGACACCAAGGGCCAUCCAGCCACCUGACCUACAACCCAUGGAGACUUUCCUGACAGGAGAGCCCAAAGCUUUGGGGACGGUGCAAAUCCUGGUCGGCCUCAUCCACCUGGGCUUCGGCAGCGUGCUGCUCAUGGUCCGCCGCGGCCGCGCAGGAAUGCUGUUCAUCGAAAGCGGCGUCCCUUUCUGGGGUGGAGCCUGCUUCCUCAUCUCUGGGUCCCUCUCAGUGGCAGCCGAGAAGAACCGCACCAGCUUCUUGGUGAGGAGCAGCCUGAGUAUCAACAUUCUCAGCGCCAUGGCCGCCUUUGCUGGGACAGCCAUUCUGCUCAUGGAUUUUGGUGUCACUAACUGGGAUGUAGGCAGGGGCUAUCUAGCUGUGCUUACUAUCUUUACCAUCCUGGAGUUCUUCAUUGCAGUCAUCGCGACCCACUUUGGGUGCCAAGCCACCCGCGCCCAAGCCAAUGCGCCAGUGAUGUUCCUGCCAAACGCCUUCAGCACAGACUUCAACAUCCCGAGUCCGGCAGCCUCUCCGCCCCCUGCCUAUGACAAUGUGGCGUAUGCCCAAGGAGUCGUCCGAGUAGCAGGCUGGGACUCCCGCAGGUUGGAGUGUAGCCUUUCUCCACCCCACCUUGUUGCUUCCCCAGCUGUACCCCCAACUCACUCCUACCUACUGUGGCACCUGCGGGGGGCAUCCCCAAGGGUGUCUGUCCUACACUUAUCUCCAGCAGUUUCUAUCCUAAAAGACAGCAGGUUGAUGUCAAAGGUCCUUCGGCUCCCUGAGCCCUGUCACCCUUCCAGGGAUACCCCCAUGUGCAUUUCUCUCUGCUCAUCUGGGGAACAAUGGAGACUCAAGUUCAUGGCCUACCAUGGCCCUCAGGCUGUGAGAAAUGUCAGUAAGCUCAGAUCACCUGAAGGGAGUUGAGGCUGACCCUGACAUUGCUCAGAGGUGCAGAGAUCAGGCUGAGGUCUGACUCAGUUCUCCUGGCCCCCUUUGCCAUCUGUUGCCACAUCUUGGGCCUCCCACCUGCAAACUAAAGUGCUGAACGAUAGAUCCUGGAAGGCCCUUCCAGCUCCCUGGACUCCCUGAAGUCCUGGGUCUAGACCAGGCAUGGUGUCCUCACUCCCUCCAGUAACCCUCAUUUUCCUGAUCUCUAAUAUGGAGUCAGGGUUAACCCCCAGCUCUUGCCCACCUCUCAAUGUAGGGAGUUUGCAGGAGGGUGCUGAACCCAGCCCACUCCUCAAGUCCACAUGGACAGGUGUGCAGUGAGGGGGCUUGGGGCCUCCCUGUGCCUUUCAGCACCCCCUUCCCCAGCCCCACAGCCUGAGGACAAGGCCAUCCCUGAGGUUUACCACAGGAACUGGGCUGUGUCUCAGGGGAUGAGGAGAUACUACCAGCCCAGUAUUCACAGGCCCUGGAAGAUGGCUUAUCUCAUCCAUACCCCAGAGGGAA